AUGGAGGACACCGCAAAUUUGGUGGUGUAUCGUAAUGGUGAGAUAAUACGUAAUACUCAUGAGGGAGUGAGGUUUGUGUCACAAAAUUCGUUUUCGUUUGUGGUUCCAUGCACGAUGACGUUAAUGGAGCUGCAGAACGGCCUAUGUCAAGGCAUGGAGAAUGGUACGUUAAUGAGAGUGAGCAGAAUUCUGUACCGAAAUCCGGUUGUGGUUUUUGGUGGCCUAAUACAGUUUGAUACCAUUCCGAUCACGGAUGAAGCGAGUAUGCAGAAUAUGUUUCAAAUUCACCAGCAGACUUAUAUGAGACACCCACAGAUUGAGUUGUACGUUGAGUUUGAAGCUGAGGAGGCAGUAGCGGUCCAAAAUGAUAUAGAUGUAAAUGAUGAUAUAGCUGCAGUGUACGAAAGUAUGAAUAGUGACAGCGAAGAGGACUUCGAAGCCACUUAUGAAGUCGGCGAUGAAGAUGAGGAUGGUGAUGUGGGAGUUGAGGCAGCAGUGGAGAAUGUAGUGGUUCGUCCCUCGAGCAGUCAACCGAUGGGCGUUCCACCUUUUAUGUGUGAGUUGGAUCUCGACGCCAUGCAUGCCCCCGAGUUUCCGGAAUAUGCAAACAGAGGUAUUGCUGAUCUUGAGGACGGAGAGUUCCGAAUUGGAAUGGAAUACAGCUCUAGAAAGUCGGUCGUUGCAGCAAUUAGAAGUUUCACUAUAUCUAGAGGAGUUGACUAUGAUGUGUUUGAGUCUGAGCCACAGACGUUCUAUGCAAAAUGCAAGAUGUACGGGCGUGGAUGUGACUGGCUUAUCCGAGCCAGCUUGAUACGGAGAAAAGGUUGUUGGGAGAUACGCAGAUACAACGGUAGGCACACGUGCACCAUCGGAAUGAUUUCACAAGAUCAUUCCAAGUUGGACUCAGAUACAGUUGCUGAGGCUAUAAGGCCGUUGGUCGAGACGGACCCGUCCAUCAAGGUGAAAUCUAUAAUUGCGGAAGUCCAGUCAAGGUUCAACUAUACCAUCAGUUAUCGAAAGGCUUGGUUGGCAAAGCAGAAGUCAGUUGCCAUCGUUUUCGGUGAUUGGGAGGAAUCUUACCAAGCAUUGCCGUGGUGGCUCUCGGUCAUGGUGCAGAAGAUUCCUGGUUCAGUUGUCCAAAUAGAAACACGACCACUCUACAACGGGAACGAGGAGGCACAAGGUACACUUCUAGUCGCUGUUGCACAAGAUGGGAACCAGAACAUUGUGCCUAUCGCCUUUGCCUUGGUGGAAGGUGAGACAGCUGAUGCGUGGCACUUCUUCCUCAGGAAUCUGCGAACGUAUGUUGUUAGAAAAGACGGUGUGGGUAUGAUCUCAGACCGGCAUGAGUCAAUACGGGCAGCAGUUAAUCGUUCCGGUGGUGACUGGCAACCUCCAAGAGCAUGGUGGAUGUUUUGUAUAAGACACAUCGGCAGUAACUUCUUAAGGGCAUUCAAAGUCCCUCACUUGCAGAAGCUUGUUGUCAAUAUAGGGUAUUCAAGAACGGUGGAGGAGUACAAUAUCAACUAA